CGUUGUUUACUCUUUAGGUAUUCUAAGGUCUCAAUUUUGCUCCAAUUUUCUCAUCAAGGACAACAAGUUAUAUUGUUUCGAAUAUCUUUGCGUCAUAAAGUCACUUUUACUUCGACAAAUAUUUCGUCUACGUUUUUCAUUGUGUGAACUUUUUUUAAAAUAAAACAUAGGAUUAUCGAGAACUGUGCUUGAGAAAAGUGACAAUUUCUUUUGUUUUGAUUGAGUUUUCGCAUUUCGAAUCAGCUGUUGCGAGCUUGAAGAUUCUGUGGUGCUGGGGGGAAUAAUAAUGUUAUAAAUAUUUUUAUACAAUUUGAGAUUUAUCGAGACAAAUUUUCAAAAGAUGAGCUUACCGGAGAAAGGAGACGACAACUUACUUAAAGACGAGUGGGUGGUGAAGUUGGAGGAAAGCGCCUAUAUGCAAAAACUGUCAAUGAAUAACCUAAUCAUGAAUUAUCUGGUGACAGAAGGAUUCAAGGAAGCUGCUGAGAAGUUCCAACAAGAAUCAGGAGUAGGUCCAACGGUAGAAUUGAGUUCUUUGGAUGAAAGGAUUCGUAUUCGAGAUGCCAUACAAAAUGGUCGUAUUCAAGAAGCUACAAAUUUGGUGAACCAACUGCAUCCUGAAUUAUUGGAUAACGAUAGAUAUCUGUACUUUCACCUGCAACAGUUACAUCUAAUUGAAUUGAUACGCACUGGUAGAGUCGAGGAAGCAUUGCAGUUUGCUCAAGAUCAACUCAGUGAAGCUGGAGAGUCAGAUGAUAAUAUAUUAUGCGAGCUAGAGCGUACCCUGGCAUUGUUAGCUUUUGAUGAACCGCAUAAGAGUCCUUUCAGUGAUCUUUUACAUCCAACACACAGACAAAAAAUUGCAAGCGAGUUGAAUGCUGCUAUAUUAAAAAUGGAGCACAGGGAAUCAACUAGCCCUCGGCUGAGUAAUUUGUUAAAGAUGAUAUUGUGGGCUCAAGAUGAAUUGGAUAAGAAAAAAGUAAAAUAUGCUAAAAUGACUGAUUUAGGUAGUGCUACGAUUGAACAAAAAUAAUUCUUAGUAGUAGACAAACUGAGAUAACUCAGUUUUAUUUAUAAAUAAGAUAAAUAUUCAAAGUUCA